GAGAUCCUUUUGUGUUUUUAGCGUUUACAUAGGCAGUGCUUCUUUUUUCCUCAAAAGUAUUGAAAUAUUUCAAACUCACCUUUCUGACGCAAGAUAAAGAAUGGAAGAGAAGGACAAAGAAAAGAAACGACAGGGAGCGGAUGAAGAGGGAGAUGACAGUGAAGCAAGGCGAACCAGCAGACGGAAACGGGCCAGGGUAAAAGUUGAAUACAAAGAAAUGGAUGAGCAGCUUGCUAACAUUUCUGAAGAUGAGUACUAUUCUGAAGAAGAGAAGAAAGACAAACCAGAAAAAUCAGUUCCCCCUCCUGCUGCCCCCAAAGUUGAUGUCGACCCAGAGCCUGCUGAUGAAAGUGAAAAUGAUGACCCUACUGGUCUUGAAGGAGCAGCAUUUCAGAGUCGCCUUCCUUUUGACAAGAUGACUUCCCAAGAGGCAGCCUGCUUCCCAGAUAUAAUCCAAGGUCCACCUCAGUCACAGAAAGUGUUCCUGUAUCUUAGAAACAGACAGAUUCAGCUUUGGUUGGAGAAUCCUAAACAGCAGCUGACAUUCGAAAAUGCCUUGCCCCAGAUUGAGGCUCCUUACAACAGUGAUGGUCCCUUGGUGAUGAGAGUACAUGCUUACCUGGAACGGUUUGGUUACAUAAACUUUGGAGUGUACAAGCGCCUAAAACCAUUACCUGUGAAGAAGCAUGGGAGAGUACUCAUCAUUGGGGCUGGAAUCGCUGGAUUAACUGCUGCUCGCCAGCUCAUGUCCUUUGGGAUGGAAGUUAUUGUGCUUGAAGCUCGUGAUCGAGUUGGUGGGAGAGUGGCCACUUUUCGUAAAGGCAACUAUGUAGCUGAUCUUGGGGCCAUGGUCGUCACUGGUCUUGGUGGGAAUCCUAUCACUGUUAUGAGUCGACAAAUCAACAUGGAACUGCACAAGAUCAAACAGAAAUGUCCUCUUUAUGAGACCAAUGGAGGAACGGUGCCCAAGGACAAGGAUGAAAUGGUGGAACGAGAAUUUAACAGGCUAUUGGAGUCCACCUCCUAUCUCUCUCAUCAGCUUGAUUUCAAUUCUGUGAAUGGCAAACCUGCAUCCUUAGGGCAAGCUUUGGAGGCAGUCAUCAAGAUGCAGGAAAAACAUGUGAAGGAGAAACAGUGUGAACAACAGAGGACCAUUAUCAGUCUGCAGGAGAAACUCAAGAAAAAUCAGACAACAAUGUUAUCUGUGAAGGACAGGGUGGAAGAGUUACAUAGACAGUGGAAGGAAGCAUCUGAUGUAAAACCACCUCGUGAUAUCACAGCAGAGUUCCUUGUCAAAAGUAAACUGCGUGACCUCAAUUCUGCAUGUAAGGAAUAUGAACAAUUACAAUCACAGCAGAAAGAGAUGGAAGAAAAACUUCAAGAAAUAGAGAGUACUCCUCCUAGUGACGUGUAUUUGUCAUCCCGAGAUAGACAAAUUCUUGACUGGCAUUUUGCCAACUUAGAGUUUGCGAAUGCGACACCCCUUUCCCUGUUAUCAUUGAAACACUGGGACCAAGAUGAUGACUUUGAGUUUUCUGGAAGUCAUAUCACAGUGAGGAAUGGCUACUCCUGUGUUCCUGUGGCACUGUCUGAAGGCGUGGACAUUAAACUUAACACUGCUGUCCGCAAAGUCACCUGUAACCCAAAUGGAGUGGAGUUGGUAGUGAGUAAUGCCAAAAACAACACAGGUCCCCAGACACUGAAAGGAGACGCUGUAUUGUGUACACUGCCCCUCGGCGUAAUGAAGGAGUGUAUCCGUGGUAACGGUCUCAAUAGUGUCCAGUUUGUUCCACCUCUCCCGGACUGGAAGUCAGCAGCAAUACAAAGAAUGGGCUUCGGAAAUCUCAAUAAGGUUGUACUGUGUUUUGACCGUGUUUUCUGGGAUCCAAAUGCAAACCUGUUUGGUCAUGUGGGCAGUACGACAGCAAGUCGUGGGGAGCUGUUUCUGUUCUGGAACUUAUACAAAGCUCCUGUACUGCUGGCUCUGGUGGCAGGGGAAGCUGCUGCCAUUAUGGAGAAUGUCAGUGAUGAUGUCAUCGUUGGUCGUUCUAUUGCUGUCCUUAAAGGAAUUUUUGGCAACAAUGCUGUGCCACAGCCUAAAGAGACUCUAGUGACACGGUGGAGAGCUGACCCCUGGGCCAGGGGAUCCUACUCAUAUGUUGCUGCUGGCUCUUCAGGAAACGACUAUGACUUGAUGGCCACCCCAGUGUCCCUACAACCAGGAACUCAACCACGAAUGUUCUUCGCUGGUGAACACACCAUCCGCAACUAUCCUGCCACUGUACAUGGUGCACUGCUGAGUGGCUUGAGAGAGGCUGAACGCAUUGCUGAUCAGUUCCUUGGAGCUCCCUAUGCCCUUCCUACUCACACAAAAACAGAGACCAAGACAUGAGUUUGUGAUCAGUGUUUCAGGACUACUAAUACACCAGAAGGCUGACUAAAUAUGUGUGAGGAGGGAUACAUUAUGAGAGAACUGUUUCAGGACUACUAAUACACCAGAAGGCUGACUAAAUUUGUGUGAGAAGGGAAACAUUGUGAGAGAACUGUUUCAGGACUACUAAUACACCAGAAGGCUGACUAAAUUUGUGUGAGGAGGGAUACAUUAUGAGAGUACUGUUUCAGGACUACUAAUACACCAGAAGGCUGACUAAAUUUGUGUGAGAAGGGAAACAUUGUGAGAGAACUGUUUCAGGACUACUAAUACACCAGAAGGCUGACUAAAUUUGUGUGAGAAGGGAAACAUUGUGAGAGAACUGUUUCAGGACUACUAAUACACCAGAAG